GAAGGCUUUGGGAGGCACGAUCGAGCAUUCUUCUCUACAGUGACUGUCUGUCUCCUUCUGACUCUCUCGUCUCUGUGUGUGUCUCUGGGAUAACUUUGUAAGCAAAGAUGGAUGAGUUUUUACAAUCGCUUACAAGCUCGGCUGGCAUCUGUCAUCCAGAUUGUGUACGAGCAAGAAAUGCGCAAGAUGAUUACGAUGCAUCUCAAUCUGCAGCUUUGGUAGCUGUGAGUCUGAUUAGCUCUGCACGGGUUAUCUCCAAACUCGACGCUGAGUAUACUGAGUACUCAGCUCAGUAUUUGGUGGAUAACGCUGGGAAGGAAGAAGUGGAGGGAGAAUUGGAUCAACCACACUGUCAGUACACUAUGGAAAACAUACUUCGGUACUUGGUUGAAAACGUUUGGACCAGGAGGGAAGAUAGGCCGGAAGAAUUGGAUCAACCACGCCAUGACCUCACUGUGAAAGAAUGCCUUGAGUUUGCUUUCAAAAAAGGGCUACCAAGAGGAGAACAUUGGGCUCAUUUGGGAUGUGUGUCCAAGGUUCCCCCAUUUGCUUGUCAGAUACCUCGCGUUCCCAUGAGAGGAGAAGUGAUUGAGGCUACCAAUUGGGAUGAAGCAUUUGAGCUGUUGAAACAACAACCGAUGGGAGCAAGACUACAUGUCUUCAGUCCAGAGUUUUAUCGUGUUGGAGAGGAGGGACUUUACGAGGGGCCUUCAGGUAAUGGAACACGGUAUGUCGGACUUAGAGAUGUGAUAGUUGUUGAAGUGGAGAGGAUCGAGGGAGAGAUUGUCGUGACUGUUCAGAUAUUCUACAAGAAGAAGACCUCAUUUGUCAAAGUUGCUAUGAGAAGUAUGUUACUCCCGGUUAAUGGUGUCGACGAGUCUGAGGUCACAGAGCCUACCACACUGCUUGUUGACUUCUGUAUCCCACGUUUAACUAUCAACUAAACCAGAGCUGAGAUCUUGGUAAGUAAGUAUCUGGAGAACUUUAUGCUAGCUGUGGAGCUUGUUUGUUGGUCCUUUCCUUUAUUAAGAAUGUUUCAGACUCUUAUUUUCUGUCUAAGAAGUUAAGUAUCUUAAAAACCGUAUGAUUGUUGUGGAACUCAGUUUGUGGUUUGAAAUUAAAGAUUGUUUUAUGAGACCUUUUAUCUGUGUUUUAAGUUGUAUGUAUGAGUUAUGAGUUGAUAGCAUAAACUAGGUCUCUCUGGUUCAUAACAUCUAGGUCUAUUACAUUUUAUUUUCUUAUAAAUUAUAUGGGCUCCCUUAAUCGAACCUUUCUACUAAUCAUGUAAGACCAAAUCUAAAGUAAAAGUGA